GUGAUCUUCUUCCACAAAUGGAAUGCCAACCCGGAUGAACUAUAUCAGUCACAUCCAAAAUCCCUUUCAGCCUCUUCACACCGAAGAGCUCAGCAGCAAUGAUCUAUCCAUGGAGGAAAGCCGGAGCUAUAAAAGGGCUUGCUGUAUUCUUUCUCCCGUCAUUUGCUCAGUUCCGAUCGCCACCGGUCUGUUCGUCUCCGGCCGUGAACGUCGUGUUCUUCUUAGCGAAUCGAGAACCUAGGAACUGUUGAGAUUGUCGAUGGGUGAAGGUAUGAGACCCGGUGAAAGAGGUGAAGUCAUGGUGCAGCCGGGAUUAAGCCUGGCUAGGCUUUGUUUCUGUUGCAUGGUCGCCGGCGGGGUGCAGUUUGGCUGGGCGCUACAGCUCUCUCUCCUCACUCCCUAUGUCCAGACGCUUGGGCUUCCACAUCAUUUGGCUUCAAUCUCAUGGCUCUGUGGACCCAUUUCAGGGCUGGUUAUUGCACCUACUGUUGGUUUAUUGAGUGAUAGAUGCAGAUUAAGAUUUGGCAGGAGAAGGCCAUUUAUUGUUGCUGGAUGCAUAAUUGUUUGUUUUGCUGUGCUUUUGAUUGGGUUUUCAUCAGACAUAGGAUCUGCAUUCGGUGAUACAAAGGAGAAUUGCAGCACAUACAUUGGUCCUCGAUGGAAGGCUGCUGUUGUCUGUAUAGUGGGGUUUUGGGUGCUUGAUUUUGGUAACAAUCUAAUACAGAGUCCAACUCGCGCAAUGAUGGGUGACCUGUCUGGAAAACAUGGAUGUAAUGCAGCAAAUAUAAUCUUUGCCUUUUGGAUGGCUUUUGGAAAUAUCUUAGGCUUUUCUUCUGGGUCUAUUUGGAGCUGGCAUAAAUGGUUUCCUUCCCUGAUGACCAAUGCUUGUUGCGAAGCCUGUGCUAACCUAAAAGGUGCCUUUUUGGUUGCAGUUGUAAGUUCCUCUUUCCCGCGGCUCAUUACACUGCAAUUUUUAUUUGUUUUAAAGUCAUUAUUUUUUCAUUUAUUUGUUGUUUUUAAACUAAUCUCAUGCCACCUUGGUUUCCCAAAUAAAGUUAUG